UAUAACCUAAAAGUCACCGACGGUGACGAGCGAGUGGGAUACUGGACGAUACUAAACGAGAAUUUUGUUGUCAUCAUGAACAAGAUACACCGCCUCGAGAAAGCGUUAAUGCAUUUGCGAUCUCUCGUUGUCCCGAGAGUGAAUUCCUCGUCCACGAGAUGUUUCAGCACGAAUAAAGAUUCGGAAGGACAAGGUAACGAUUCGCAUCCGUCCGUGGAGCCCGGCGCCGAGAAGGAGGCUGUAACACAGACGAAAGAGAACGCAGAAGCAUCUACGUCCGAGGUGAAGCUGAGCGGCUUCGCGCAAAGUUACGAGAAGUUCUCGCACAUUGACGAUAAAAAGCCAGAAACGCCGCAGACGUUCGCUUCCUUGAUUCGCAACUCCAAGCUGGUCGACCUGGGGGACCCCGAAGGGAAGGUUGUAACUGGUGAGAUAUUUCACGUGGUCGGCAAUGACUUGUACAUUGAUUUCGGAUGGAAGUUUCACUGCGUUUGUCAGAAACCUAUCAAGAAUGGACAAUACUAUGUGAGAGGAUCAAGGGUUCGGUUAAGAGUAAAAGACUUGGAGCUUUCCUCCAAGUUCUUAGGUGCCGCGACGGAUAUAACUCUUCUCGAAGCAGAUUGCACUUUGAUCGGCUUGAUAUCGUCACCGUUACAAACAACGGAACAAAAAGCAAGGACGACCAGAAGGCCGAGAAUACAGGACCUUUAAUAAUGUUAAUUUUGUAAUAUCUAUGUUAAAUAAACUGUACGAUAUGUACGCAUAUAAUAUA